CUGGAGCAGCCGCAGGAUGCGGUGGCUGCGGAGGACGGCACGGUGCGCUUCCGAGUAGUGGCUCGGGGCUUCUCCCCCCUCAAGUUCGAGUGGUUCAAGGACGACCGGCGGCUGCUGGUGGCCACUGCGGACCAACAGGAGCUCAUUCUGGUGCAGGUGUCCCUGGACAGCGAGGGCGCCUACUACUGCCAGGUCUCCAACAAGGACGGGUCCGUCAACUCGACCAAGGCGACCCUCACCGUCAAGCGGGCGGCGCGGGUCAGCAGGGCGGCGCUGGCGGCAGGCGGGGAGGCGGGAGAGGGCGGUGUAGGCGGCGGCAGCAGGCUUCGUCGCUCAGCCACCCGUCUUGGCGGUGGCGGUGGUCCUCUUUCC